GCGAUCCGCGGCCGUUGUUGUCAGUCGCGUCUCGGAGCCGCCGCAGCGGCGCGGCCCGGCUGAGCGUCCGUCAGUCCGCCCGGCGCGGGGCACGAGUUGCCGCAGCCGUCCUCCCCGAGCCCCGCGGCCCGGCCGAGCUUCCCGCCGCCGUCUCCGAGCCUUUCUCUCCCGCCUCGCCGCGUUCCCCGUCCCCUGGGCGGUUGCGGCGGGCGCUGCCCAUGCAGAGGGCGGCGCGGGGCGCGGCGGCCCGAGGAGACGCCGGGUGGAGGUGUUGAACUGAAUUCCCACAGACUUUAUGGAAGCAGACAGCUGGAUAGAGAAGAGGUUAUACCAUGAUUCCAGCUGGGAGAAGCAGUAAGGCAAGCUUGGCAGCGGCGAUGGACUAUUUAUUUGCAUCAGAUACUCUUCUAUGAAAAGAUCGCAGUUCGAAAGAGCUAAAGCAUUAUUUCAUCUUCUGAAACAGAAUGGCGGGCUUCAAACGAGGAUACGACGGAAAAAUUGCGGGAUUGUAUGACUUGGAUAAAACUUUGGGCAGGGGACAUUUUGCCGUGGUCAAACUUGCUCGACAUGUCUUUACAGGUGAAAAAGUAGCGGUAAAAGUAAUUGACAAGACCAAACUGGAUACUCUAGCUACUGGGCAUCUUUUUCAAGAAGUAAGAUGCAUGAAACUAGUGCAGCAUCCCAAUAUUGUACGGCUGUAUGAAGUGAUUGACACCCAGACAAAACUUUAUCUCAUCUUAGAGCUAGGUGAUGGAGGGGAUAUGUUUGAUUACAUCAUGAAACACGAAGAAGGUCUGAAUGAGGAUCUGGCAAAAAAGUACUUUGCUCAAAUAGUUCACGCUAUUUCAUACUGCCACAAACUGCACGUAGUUCACAGAGACUUAAAACCAGAGAAUGUGGUCUUCUUUGAAAAACAAGGACUUGUGAAACUAACUGAUUUUGGCUUCAGCAACAAAUUUCAGCCUGGAAAAAAACUCACCACGAGCUGUGGAUCUCUCGCAUAUUCUGCUCCUGAAAUUUUACUUGGGGAUGAAUAUGAUGCACCGGCAGUGGAUAUAUGGAGUUUGGGGGUCAUCCUCUUUAUGUUGGUAUGUGGACAACCACCGUUUCAAGAAGCAAAUGACAGUGAAACUCUGACUAUGAUAAUGGACUGCAAAUACACGGUGCCACCUCAUGUGUCCAAAGAAUGUAAAGAUCUGAUUACACGGAUGUUGCAGAGAGAUCCGAAGCGAAGGGCGUCUUUGGAAGAGAUUGAAAACCACGCGUGGCUCCAAGGAGUGGACCCUUCUCCUGCAACAAAGUACAAUAUCCCUCUUGUGUCAUACAAAAAUCUGUCCGAGGAGGAACACAACAGCAUCAUACAGCGCAUGGUUCUUGGCGAUAUUGCAGACCGAGAUACUAUAGUGGAGGCACUGGAAACUAACAAAUACAAUCACAUCACUGCUACUUACUUCUUAUUGGCUGAAAGGAUUCUGCGAGAAAAACAGGAGAAAGAAAUUCAGACCAGAUCUGCAAGCCCUAGCAACAUCAAAGCGCAGUUCAGGCAGUCGUGGCCAACGAAAAUCGAUGUACCCCAGGAUCUGGAGGAUGACCUCACAGCUUCUCCUCUCUCCCAUGCAACUGUUCCUCAGUCUCCAGCUCGCACGGCAGAGAACGUUCUCAAUGGUCACAGAAGUAAGGCUGCUGGUGAUUCAGCAAAGAAAGAGGAGAUCCCUGAGUUGGCUGGACCGGCGCUUUCUGUAGUUCCGUCGGUGAGCUUAAAACCCACCACGAGCGGCCGGAAGUGCUUGUUCAGAGUAGAAGAAGACGAAGAGGAGGACGAAGAAGACAAGAAGCCUAUUUCUCUUUCUACUCAAGUUGUUCUGCGCCGAAAGCCUUCAGUUACAAACCGUCUUACUUCAAGGAAGAGUGCACCAGUCCUCAAUCAGAUCUUUGAGGAAGGCGAGUCGGAUGAUGAGUUUGACAUGGACGAGAACCUACCCCCAAAGCUCAGCAGGUUAAAAAUGAAUAUCGCUUCGCCUAGCACAGUGCAUAAGCGCUACCACAGGAGGAAAAGCCAGGGCCGUGGCUCUAGCUGCAGUAGCUCGGAAACAAGUGACGAUGACUCGGAAAGCAGGAGACGCCUCGAUAAAGAUAGUGGCUUUACGUACUCCUGGCACAGACGGGAUAGUAGCGAGGGGCCACCUGGCAGCCAAGGAGAUGGCGGGGGACAAAGCAAACCAAGUAACGGAAAUGGAGGAGUAGACAAAACAAGCCCAGGUGAUAAUAACAAAGGUGGGGGGAGUCCCUCCAGCAACUCCAGCGGCAGCACCAACAACACUUCAGGUUCCACUCGUAGAUGCGCCGGAUCUGGAAACUCAAUGCAGUUAUCGUCUAGAAGCGCAGGGGAACUGGUUGAAAGCCUGAAGUUAAUGAGCCUUUGCCUGGGUUCACAGAUUCACGGCAGCGCUAAAUACAUUAUUGAUCCUCAAAACAAUCUGACGUUUUCCAGUGUAAAAGUACAGGAGAAAUCGUCGUGGAAAAUGUGUAUAAGUUCCAGUGGAAGUGCCAACCAGGCUUCGUCGCUGGGCAGCCUGAAGUUCUUUUCUGACCAGAUGUCAGACACGGCAAAUGAAUUGGAACGGAUAAAGAACAGGAACUUGAAAAAUAACGUGCUACAACUACCUCUCUGUGAAAAGACGAUAUCUGUGAAUAUUCAGCGGAACCCAAAGGAGGGCCUGCUGUGUACCUCCAGUCAAACCAGCUGUUGUCAUGUCAUUUGACAGCAGCCUGACUGUAAUUGCUUGAUCUAUCCGACAGCAUCUUUCUUCCUGUUCAGAGCUGUGAACACCUUGUCACUGAACCCCCUUUUGUUGUCUUAAGAUUUUUAAGUGGGCUUUGAGCAGUUAUUUAUUACAUUUUAAUUUUGUGUUUGCUUGGUGAUAUGACAAUGCAUGGUCUUUGCAUGCUGCUAGCCAUUAUAUUUUUCUUUUUCAACAAAGCAGAAUAUUUUAUUGUGUAGUUCUUACAUUUAUAAUUUUACUACGGAAGAUCUGGAUUAAAUUAAAAUGACUAUCAUCUGGAUCCUAAUGUAAAUGGAGCACUUAGAAGUUUCACGUUCUGCACUUAAAACUAGAGAGAGAAGCUUUUGUUUGCUUGUGAAAUGUUAAUUCUUGUUCUGACCUUCUGUGAUAUCUAAAAUAUGUGAUAUGUGGCAUACUUCUAUGUGUCUGAAACAGAACCAAAGCAAUAAUGUUUUGAUGCUGAAAACUCUUCAGGGAGCUUUCAGAUGUUCCAAGGCUUGUACAAAGCAAAGAUGCACUGAAAAUUAGCGACCUUGAAAUACGAUUUUAAACCCACACCUAUUUGUCUUAAGUUAUGAAACGGAUAAAGUUGUGGCUCAAAAAUCCAAGUGAAAAGAUGUCGUUUUGCUAGAGGCAGUUGUGUUUCGUUGUCGGGUUGGGUUUUUUUCGUUUUUGUUCUUCAGAAGCAAGUAGAUUUGUAAGGCAGCUUUUUCCCAUAGAAAUAUGUUACUAUUACAAGCAGACAAUCUUUUUUAAUAUAACAAAGGUAAAUUAUUAAGUCUACUUCUGAGUUUUUAUGUGCUAAAUGAAAAUAAUAAAGUAUUUGUAUGAAUUACUUUCAUUAUUAGUAUAUCAUGACGCUUACUCAGUAUUUUAGGUUUUAACCUUGUGAGCCUUCCUCCCUAUCCUCUCCCCGCCUCCUUGAGAUUUCAAAAGGCAAUAAGGGGUGGAAAACCUUUAACCAAUUGGAUCCAAGUUGACGUAGUUACUGUCAUUUAUUGUCAUUGUUCUCAUUAUCAAAUCAGACUCUUGGAAGACUUAAAAUACUGCUGUUUGCCCAUACGGACACCCGUUAUUUUCCCUCAGUAAUCAUGCUUUUUCUUACUGUCAGUGAAAGUAGCAUAUAGGAAAGUAUUUAUUUUACAGCUGUUUGCCUUUCUGUUGUUUUUCUCAUUGCCACGGUGAGGUCUUGUUUUAGAGUAUUACUGCACCAAUGGGUGCGUUUGACAAGAUAAGUUAACUUGUGGAAUUUUAUUACCUAGAUAAAAAUAUAUUGCGGAUUCCUAGUUUGGGGAAGGGCGAGAAUGUUUUAUUUUUUCAUGCUGUGCACUGGGUCUCCUGAGCAAUGCUAGUAAAACCGGUGGUGUUAUGUAGCAGCGCCCUGGCCAGACGAUGGAAGUCUGAGAGGAGUUUACACUGUUGAGCAUCUUGUCACCUUGCAGAAUGGUCGCAUACAAUGCAUUUCGUGUCCGCUGUAGAGUGCAUAGAGCACCAAAGAACUGCGUUACACUUGGUCUUAACUUCUACAGUCAACGACAGCUCUUCUCGAUUAGUAAAAGACUUUACUAAGAGAAUCUGAAUUGCAUGGGGUAUCCUUACUGGCUCGCCUAGCCAAGGAUUUCACAUUCUGCUUCCUGAACAAGGACACGAUGAGCAUUUUACUUUGAAGAAAGUUUUAAGAGAGAGCUGCAGUUUAGUCAGUGUGGUAUUUAAAAAUGAAAAACUGCAAGAAGAGAUGUGUGGGUGAAGCCAUAGAACAUAUUUGCUUGACGUUUUUUGAGCAGGGAUCUUAUAAAGGGCCAGAAAUAAGAUGUGUGGUUCACGGACAGUGAGCGUAACGUCGAAGUAGGAGAAAAGUUUAUAAAGGGCAUUGGCAAUAAACUUAUUUGUUGCAGCUUUUUUUUCCAAGCAUUGUAAAUACUCUUUCCUGAUAUUAUGUACAGCCUUGGAAUGGCACCUUUUAACUAACCCCGGGUGUAUUUUGUUUCCAAUGUUUUUAUAUACAAAUGUAUAUAUGGUGCUCACUUUAGAACAGCAGUGUUGACCAUUUAUGCUGCAUAGUUGUAUUAUAGCCUUACUAGUUGUGUAUGGUUGGUUGACCUCUGGGUGUACAGAUGUUAGUCUGAGUGGCGUCCGUUAUCCAUCUGUUGCUAGGUGAAUGACUGUGCAUGUGGUGUACGUCGUGCUAUGUCGUCAUGUAAAAGGAAGGGCGAGAAUAACCACUACAUGAAGAUAAUAUCGGACCAAACUAUUAGAGCGAGUCAACAGUUUCUUGUACCCCUUAACGUGUCUUUAAAAGUUGCAUAUAGUUACAGUAGUGUAUAAAUUAAAUAUUGUGGAAAAACAAUUAGUCUUGUAUUUUUCUGUAUGUGUGUAUAUAUUAUAUAUAAAAUAAUGUACCUCUAGCAACUUCAUCUGUAUUUAAGAUGUGACAAUCUUGACACGGGAUUUUAAGAGUAGCGGUAUAAAUAAGCAGAAUAAAUGAACAGAAAUAUGAAAAAAAUUUCUCACCGAGAAAGAAUUUGUGUGUGCGUGUGUGUGUGUGUUAAGAGGGUACAGAAAUAGCAGCUGAUCUUAUUGCUUCCAGCAGUGUUUGGCUUUUUCAUUGUAUAAAAAUUCAUGAUGUGUGACAGACAUGGAAAAUCCAGUUAAUAAAAGUACUAUCUCAACUGAUGCAUAACCGA